AUGUCCUACCUUCUAAAGGACGACAUCUCAAGCAGGAACAGCCAAAUGGAUGUUGAAUUUGCCUUCGCGCACAAAACUGUCAUAAGCUUCAGCGGUGCCCAGUCUAAACCAGAUUCAAUAACAGCAAAAUCACUAUUACCUGGAAACUUGACACCCACUCGCUCACCACAUAUGAACAAGUCAUAUGAGAAAACGAUUUAUGAGGGCAAUAAAGCUAACGAUAACGACGGCGAAGCGACGAAACCCACCGCACCUGAGCUCCGCACCAUCUUCGGUGAUAUUCGGCUUAUCGGCGCAUUCAAACAAGGGUGUGACGAGUUGGAGGCUAUCCAUGUGGUGGCUUUUACAGGGUUCCGUUUUCUGAUGCUUGAUACAGAUGGUUAUUGUGGUGAGUCUCCUGCCAUGCUGUCAUUUGUGGAGCUCUGUAGUGAUGGUGAGGCGGACGUCCAGAGGUACUAA